CUGUCGCCUGAUUUUUGGGACAGCUCCACACACCAUCUUAGCACCAACUGUGGAAACUAAACCGACCUUCUUAACCAAAUACAACAGCACAGCAUUUUCUUUUCUUUUUUUUUUUUCUUUUUUUUUUUUUUUUAGGUUGACAUGGAGGACCAUCUAAAACAUAAUUCUUUUUGCCAUACUUGCUUGAGAACAAACAGUGUCACAAAUAAGGUCAUGAAGAUGUACUGGUCCAUUCGAAUGCCCAUAUGCAUACUUUUUUUAACCCUGUCUGCCUUCGAAGUGGCUUCAGCUGAAACGUUAUGUGGCGGAGAGCUGGUGGAUGCACUACAGUUUGUGUGUGAAGACAGAGGAUUCUAUUUCAGUCGACCAACUAGCAGGUCGAACAGUCGACGUUCUCAAAAUCGUGGGAUUGUGGAGGAGUGCUGUUUUAACAGUUGUAACCUAGCUCUUCUAGAACAGUACUGCGCUAAACCAGCCAAGUCAGAGAGGGACGUUUCAGCCACAACCCUGCAGGUCAUCCCGGUGAUGCCCGCAUUUAAACAUGAGGUCCCAAGAAAACAUGUGACAGUGAAAUAUUCCAAAUACGACAUGUGGCAACGAAAGGCCGCCCAGAGGCUACGGAGGGGUGUCCCCGCAAUCCUGCGGGCCAAGAACUUUAGGCGGCAGGUGGAGAGAAUCAGGGCCCAAGAGCAACUGCACCACCACAGGCCUCUCAUCACGCUUCCCAGCAAGCUUCCGCCCAUCCUUUUUGCACAAAGUCGAUGAAAAAAGACUAGGGGAUCAAAGCUUUUUCUCUCUGACGUCAUUUCUGUGGCAGUCCUCAGCAACCCUUCUUCCUUCCCCACCAGACAUGCUCAAACGCUCUUCCAGUUUCUAUUCUUGCAGUUUGUUCACCAACAAAAAGGCACAUCACGAAUGAGAGGAACACAAUUCAGGUGAAGAAGCAAAGGAAAGAAUGAAGAAGCCGCGGAGUGCUAAAUGUUUCGCUGGUUCGGAGGACAUUGGAGCGCUAGGAACAGCUUGAGCUAGCAUGAAAGAACCCAUUCCACCGCAUUCUUUCGAGACAAAAGUAUUUCUCUUUUAGUCCUUUUACAUAUUAGUUUGCACCUGUAACUAUAAAGGGACAUCCACACUGUAAGGAAUUGUUGAAAAAUUAGAUUCCUGUUCCAGCACCUUGUAAUCACAAAUGAAAAGCAGAGAAGAAUCUGCGAAUUGCACAUCGCCACGGAUUACGUCAAAGUUCUUGUUAAGUAAAUAAAAGGCACUAUUUUUAUGGACUAUGAACGCAUAGCUCAAAAAAUGUCAUGGUGCUAGCUUUGGGAAUGGACUCAAAGGAGAAGGGGUUGAAAAGCACGUUUUUUUUUUUCAUUGAAACUUUAUUAUACUUUCCGUUUUAAGGAAAGAGAAAACAAGAGCAUGAGGGAUAUUGCUGCAUGCAGAUGUGUACUUAAGAUGCGAAGUAUGCAUUGGGUCCCAGCUCUGCUGUCGCAAUAAAGGAAGGGGCAGUGUGGGGACGCUGAAGGGAUCAUGUUCGAAUCCCUGGAGGUGAAGAACUUGUCUCUUUUCGAGCAUGGCUGCACAAAACCCCUGCUUUGCACUGCAGGAAGACAUUGUGACCUUGAAAAAGUGGGAUGUUUGUAUUUUCUAUGUUCUUUUUCGUGAGUGAAAAAAAGGAGAGAAAAAAAGCCCAGUUUGGUUUCUGGUACCGUGACAUUGUUGUUGUUGCAAAAUAGGCUUUGUGUUUUUGUACGUUAUUUUACAGUUCUGAAAAAAAGGCACAAAUAUAAAUUCAAAGGGAAAAAACGCAAUAAUGUCAACUAACAUAUAUUUUUAACUUUUAUUCGUAGUAUUCACAUGCUUUUGCCUGAAAACAAAUACUUGAAUAUAUAUAUAAAUAUAUAUAUCAAAUAAAUAUGAAAAUAUAUAUUAUAAUUAGUUUCCAGGGACAUCAUGUAAUAUUCUUUUAGUCUGAGCUGUAUCUUGCGUAAUGAGCCGCCAAGCUUCUUUUUGUUUGUUUGUUUAAGUACAAAUAUGGGCACUGUAUAAAGGCAUUAUUUAUUUUGUUAUAGAAUGAUAUAUUAAAAUCGGUCCAAAUACAGUAAUAUACAUAGCACUGAUGCUCAACUGAUGGAUUUUAUUUUAUAUGCUCUCUUAUUUUACCCAUUUUACAUGUAAAUGCUUUUUGUAGAUGCUUUGUACCAAAAAUUUGUUUUCUUUUUUUUCCUUUUGGUUCGCCACAGAGCUAUUUUAAAAUCAAUAUUUUAACAGCAGCUGUAGCCUGGAUCUUUUAGGCAUGUUGUAAUACAAAAAUAGGCACAUACUCGGAAGACUCUCUCUUUCUCUCCCUCCCGCAUGGCUUUUUAAUCUGCCAAAUGGAUUUCUGUUUAUAAAAAAACAAUAACAACUACAAAAAAAACUAAACUUGUAUUUAACUUAAAGGAUCUGGAUAACCCGCUCUCUAUAUGCCAUGAUUGUACACAACCCACUACAGUUUUAGCCACUUUAGUGCCAUUUUCAUAGUCAUAUCAUAAUUUGUUGGCUUCUCUAAGGUCAUCCACAAAAGAAACCCAUGUUUUUGGGGUCGAGAAUAGCCUGACGGAAGAUGGUAAAUUGUUGUCUCUUGUUUAAUGAUUUCUAUUGUUGCUGGGUAAUUGAACUGCAGCAUUAAAUCAAAGUAAUAAACAAAACCAAUAUGAUGUCACCAAGAUCCAUUAUGAUGUCACAAAGGGUGGACUGUUUAUACAUCCCCUUGAUCUUGCCAUCUUACAACAAGUGUCCUAAAUCCUCUUAUUUCCUUUCGGUUGGGGUGUUUUUUCAAGUCCUCCAUAUAUCUUCAUCUCAGUUGUUGAAGGGCUACCGUACUUAGUUACCCUAAUACUCAGGAAAUAUCAGCGGAUUUAUGUGAAAACUCUAUACAAGGUCUUUUUUGCAGUUUCAUAGCCAAGCCCAAGAAGUCAGUAUUGAUUAUUCGAUGUGUCCCAACUUUAAGGUCAUAAAAUGAUACUAUAGUCUCACUUAGUACCUUGAAACUUAAAGGUCUAAGUGCCUGCAGUGCAUCCCUCUGCCUUGAUAAUCUUAUAUUUAUCUGAUUCAUAUCAGGUGUGAUGAAGCAGUGCAAUUAUUAUAAUUACUAUAAUUAUUUUUAUUAUUCAAACAUCCCUAAUUUCUGAAGACAUUGCCAUUUUUCUGUUGUUAUCCACUACAUCCACUAUUGUUCUUUCCUAGUUACUUAACUUUCCAUGUGAAAAAGGUGUGUAAGCAAAACAUAUCCUUUUGCACUAAAAAUGAAGGGAUCUUUUGUCUUUCAUUGGUAACGGUUUAAUAUCAGUAGCCCAUGCAGCCUUUGUGUAUUUUAAGUGAUUUAACCUCUGCACGCUAGGACAUCCGAAAUGCACAAUUCAUGUACUUUCAUUUUUAAUAUCAAUAAAAAACAUUUUAUCAAA